AUGACUAGAUAACCGGAUCGAGCAUCGGCAAUCCUUAUCCGAUCCGAGACCGUCAAUUUUGAUCCAAUAAUUGUGUACCCAGACACCCGAUCUCUAGAUGGGUCGGAUCAACAUCACCCGCACCCGAUCUCCGUCCGUCCACACACCGUUAGACCAGAAAUUGAAGGUGCUAAAUCCUCUUCGUCUCUGGGUCGCCCCUUCCACCGUCACCGGAGGUUGCCUCUCCGCCACCAGCUCCUUCGACUGCGAGCAAGGAGAAACAACCGUCAAGCCUUUAGAAGGAGGGCCAGGGAGGAAAAUUACUCAGGAAGAAGAUGAGCCUGUCAAAAAUACUGCAACAGUACUGUACAUCGGUCACAUUCCUCAUGGGUUUUACGAAGAACAAAUGGAAGGAUUUUUCAAGCAAUUUGGAAAAAUCAAGCAUUUGAGGAUUGCUCGUAACAGGAAGACAGGAAAAUCUAAGCAUUAUGGAUUCAUUGAAUUUGAAAACCCAGAGGUUGCCAAAGUUGUGGCUGAUGAGAUUCAUAAUUAUCUACUAUUUGAACACAACCUUCAGAUUCAUCUUAUCCCACCAGAGCGUGUUCAUCCGAAGUUAUGGAGAGGUGUAAAUUGGAGAUAUAAUCCAUUAAAUUGGACAAAAAUUGCCAGAAAGCAGCAUAACAAGGAAAGAACAGUUGAAGAACACCAAAGGAUGAUUAAAGGGAUUCUUAAACGAGAUGAGAAGCGCCGGAAUAGAAUCAAGGCUGCUGGUGUUGAAUAUGAAUGCCCAGAUCUUGUCGGUCUCAUUCAGCCUGCUGCCAAGAAAAUUAAGUUCGACGAAGAGGACUAGAAAUUGAUUUGUGGGGAGGCAAUCCAUAUCAUCCUACCAGAGAAUGGUUUUAGAAAUAUUGGCCAUGUUUGGAAUUUGGCUAUGAACAUGUAGUUGUUGCUGCUUGCUAAUCUCAAAUUUUGGUCGUCAAGUGACAGAAGUGCUGCGAAGAAAUGCAACUGAAUGUUUGUUUUAUACUUGAAAUUUAGCUAUAUAGUGUAAUGACAAAAACACUCACUCAAUCUUGAUGUCAUUUGUAAACCUGAGACAAUGCCUGUGUUACAGCUUUCAUCUGAACACAACAAUAUGUUUUAACUAUGACAUUAAGUAUAAAAGCAAAUCUUGCAGAUAA